CACGGGCGCCAUCUGUUGGUGGCUUUAGGUACAGCACGUAUCGUUGUUUAUGACAAAACACAUCACUAAAGUCUACACAGUACAUUACAAUGGACCACGUGACUCUCUAUCACUACUAUCUUUGUAAAGACACACUCUAUGAUAACAGUUCUUGUAUUUGUGACCUCAUUGGAUGUGACGGACAGGUGUAACUACCUCAUGAUCCCUUGAACAAGGCGGGGGAGCAUUAUUUGGCAGAAAGGGAAACUCGAUUCCUUUUAGUGGCUCGAGUUGUCAUUAGUCACUCGCUGUUAAUAAGUUAGAGGCUCACGUUUAGCUAGCGGAGUGCAUGCUUUAGUGUCGUCUCUUCAGCCCUCAUCUUCACAAUGAGCUUGGACAAACUAUUUCACCAGAUCCUUCUGACUGAACAACAAUUAAGUGAGCAGACUCUGAAGUUAAAAGAAGUGAAGGCGGCCAUCAUCAGAUGCCAUGCGCAGGUGAAAGCUGCCACUGAAAAGAACCAGCAGACCUUUGAAGAACUUGACAUGAAGGCUCAGCAGAUGUCUGCAAUGACGCUAGAGCGGGACUGGAUGAAUAAAUGUGAAGAGCACAUGUCAGAACACAUUGAGGAGCUUCUCUGCCAAAAGAGUCACCUAAAUGAACGUCUGGCCAAGACAAGAACACAGUUUCAAGAUGAGGAGCAAGUCUUCCUGCAGGAGAUCUCCAGCUUCAACAGCGAGUACAGUCUUGGCGGCAGCAGAGAGACCGUGUUGGCCAGUCAAACUCACACUGAGGUCCUGAACCUGGACAGAGAGGUGGACUCCUUACACAAAGAGAUGGAGGAGAUGAGACAGAGGAACAGUCACAUGAGCGCCCUCCAUGGAGAGAAGCGCACUCACCAGCUUGAACUGCAAGCCCUCAAAAGCAUGCACGCAGAUGUGGAGCAGCAGCUCAGCGAGGCUGAAAAAACGACAGAAGCUCUGAGGGCCGAGUGCCACCUUGUCAGUCAGAAACCUCUGACUGACAGCGACUGUGUCAGGAUGAGGGAGGAGCUGGCGUUGCACAAAAAAGGAGAAAUGGAGCGCCUGCGAGAGGCCCUGAGCUCGGAGUUGCAGCUCCUUCAGAGUGUACGUGCGUGCAUGCGUCGCGCUCAGUAGCGUUCCCACGUAGUCACUGUGACACGUGUCAGGAGGUGGACAGCCGCCAGGGUGGAGAGCAGCGUUAGGAACACCACAUUGUGCUGUUUUUGUUUGCUGGCGCACAGGGAAGAAAGAAGGCUGGGCAGGCCAUCAUAUUCUGGCAGAAAUACUGAAGUAGACCUUCCACAAAUAUUUGUUUAACCUUUGUGCUGUACAUGUUUGCUUUGCAGUGGUUAGAAAAGGGUCGCACAAACAGUGUUUAUGAUUUAAAGUGGUCAAACCUCCUGUGCUAUUAAUGUUUAAUCUCUAUGUUGCUAUUAAAAAAACACGUCUUAAUGCUAGUUACUGCAGCUUAUGUCAUAUUUUAUGCUGUUUUAAAAAAAACCUAACUUAUAUGUAGUAGACACAACAGGAUGUAUUCCCUAGAAAUAAAAGAAGUGACGCAGUUAAUGCCCUUCCAGGGCUCAGCGUGUGUGGUGAUAUGCUGCCCUCUAGUGGGCAGUGUCUGGAAUGGAUUCAAGGUGGAUGGCUGGUGGAUUCAAGCAGAGAAACUUCAGACUCAAUGAACAGAAACAAUUAUAAGUGAGACCUGCCAAACUUGACAAUGAACGUUAGACUGACUUUGGCAAGAGGCGGGGUACACUGGACUGGUCGCCAGCCAAAGGCAGGGCACUUAUAGACAGCCUGCGGCUUCCCGGCAUGCCGUGGGACACUUCUUUGAUAAAAAGUUACUUGUUUGGACUUACUGUACUGUAAGGUUGUAGUAGUAGUAGUUGCCCUUUGUACUUUAUUUACUUACUUACUUACAUGUUGUGCUGCCAUUGUAGUGUUUGCACCGUGAUUGUAGUUAGUGUUCUGUAUAGUGUCCCCCCCUGUUGCGACAAGCACACUGUAAGUUGGGUAUUGCAUUCCAAUUUCAUGAACUCCUUCCUUUUCCAUCCAUCCAUCCAUCCAUCCAUCCAUCCAUCCAUCCAUCCAUCCAUCCAUCCAUCCAUCUUCUAUCGAGGAUGCGUGCAUCUCCGCUAUGGAGUGCGCGGCGGGGGCUUUACAUUAACUUUUAUGUUUCCAAAUACCAGUAAACUCUCCCACUGUGCCAGAAAAAGUAACUAGAUUUGUCGCCAGUCGCUUUUGACAAAAUAUGUCGCCAAGAUGGUUUGGAAUGUCGCCAAAUCUAGAACGGAGGGGAGGGCCGACACACAGCUGAAUGAGAACCGCGCAAAUCCAGUCUAUUUCGAUAUGAACGAUAUGUUUUUUUUGGUAUCAUGCUUAAAAGAAAUAUUGUAAAAAUAUUUAUAUAUAUAUACAAUAGUACAUAUAACUGGUCUUCUAAAAUUUGUUUUACUAAUAAUAGGCCAUAGUCAACCAUGAAGCAGCCAUCAUUUAAAAAAAAAACGCAACACAGUGAGGGAGUGCUAUUCGAACCACAAUAUAGCGUGCAUGGUUUGCCACCUAGUGGUCAACGUGUGACAUAACUACUGAUAGUUUAUGGCUAAGAUGGAGCAAGGCCGGUAGUACGGUAACACUUUUGAAAAUUGGAAGUCUCUUGUCGGUAACUCACAUUUAACCCUCACUGAGUGUUUGUGAGUACGUCCCAUAUAGUGACCAAGUUCCUAAAUGUCAAUAAAUCCUUUUUAUUGUCAGUGCUGCGAUGGCCUCACCCACAAACAAGACAGAGCGAUUGUGCGUCCGCCUCCAAGUGGAGACCCUUCAGCUCCUCAGUAAAAUCUUGGAUGAUGUCACUGUGCUUGUGGUCGCUCGUCUUGGUGGCCAGGCAGCUGUUGUCUUUGGGAAAAUACGCCGUCUUUCCUCCUGCUACUUGGAUAGAGGCUUCUAGAGAUUGGAGAGACAAAAAGAAGCAAUUCAUUCAUAAUUCAACUUAAAUGCAUGUAGCGAAGUCCUCGGUGUACUCCGAGUCUCACCGUUACAAAAAGCCAGCGCGUUUCCACCGAUGUACUGACUGUUCCAUCUGUAGCCCGUCUGCUCGCUGCAUUCAUCAAACAAGCGACUUCUCCUGAUAAACGCAAAGUCAUAACCCUGGAAGAGAAACUGGCAAUGUUACUUCUUCCUGCACUCUAACCAGCUGGCUUGUCACCAUCCGUCCUCCACUUACGUGGUUGCACAGGGGUUUGCAAUACCGCCUGUUAGCCAGCGUGGCGCACACCAAGCCUCCAUUUUUGGGAACCUCGGGCUCAGGGCAUUCCACGGGCUCUGCUCCAUAACAUUCUAAAUGGAAACAACAUUGUUAAACAUUAUUUUUAUGCAUAAACACUAUGUUGACUGUUUUAGUUUGGAGGUCAUCUUCUGUUUUUAACCUUGGAGUCAUUUGAUUGGAUGCUGAGUAAACUACGCUCUUCAUCAUGCUUUCACUUUAUGGCAAAAAAACCUCUUUGGACUAAGAAUAGGAAUAGCUCACACAUCCCGAAUGAGCUGCACAUGUUUUUUUCCCUUUGACUGAGAAUAAUCAGUGGAAAAAUGACAUCAAGGAACUAGACAAAUAUUAAGAAUGCCAUCAUCUCCACUGCAAGGAAAAGAAAUGGAAAAUUGAAAGUGACCAAUAACUUAUGGCGUAAUUUAUAUACAGAAAGUACUCAUGACACGAAUUGGGCGAAUCAGUCAAAAUUUGAACUAUAAUAUUUAUUUAUUCUCAAUGUAUUGCUUUUCUUAUCAUUGUUUUAUGUCUCUGCUUGUCUAUUUUCCAUUUGUUUAUUUAUUUGUAUGUCUAUUUUUCAUUUUUUUAAAUAUUUAUUUUAACUUAUGGAUAUACUGUAUCUGCACGGUGGCGUAGUGGUUAGCAUGUUGGCCACACAGUCAGGAGAUCGGGAAGACCUGAGUUCUCUGUGUGGAGUUUACAUGUUCUCCCCGUGUGUGGGUUUUCUCCGGGUACUCCGGUUUCCUCCCACAUUCCAAAAACAUGCAUGUUAGCUUCAUUGGCUACUCUAAAUUGUCCAUGGGUAUGAAUGUGAGUGUGGAUGUCUAUAUGUGCCCUGCCAUUGGCUGGCCAUCAGUCCAGGGUGUACCCCGCCUCUCGCUCGUCAGUCAGCUGGGAUAGGCUCCAGCAUGACCACGACCCUAGUGAGGAUAAGCGGCAUAGAAAAUAGAUGGAUGGGAUAUAUUGUAUAUACGUAUUGUAUUACUUGUAUUACAUUUUAUUAUUAUGUCAUCCUUAUUUUUAACCAUUUGUAUUUCUACCUCUUUCUUAAAACUGCACAAACACCUUUUUUAUUUUCACACAGGAAGUGAACAAAGUUAAAUGGGUUUGUGUAGUCCUGCCAAGGAACUAUAUAAAGAAGAAAAUAAAUAGCAAAUGAAUGAAUGAAUGUGUACCAAGGAACUAUAAAAAUAAAUAAAAUCAUCUAAAAAUAAAUAAAUAGCAAAACAUUGCACAAUGAACACAUGAAUGUUUGCACAGGAACUAUUCAAAUAUAUAAAAUAAUAUAAAAGUAGCAAAGCAUUGCACAAUGAGCGAGUGACAGCUGUGGUCUUCCUACCACUCUGCUGAUGCUUGUGCAGUACAUCCGUCACAUUCCUCAUGUGGAGAAGCAGUGCCGCCGUCUGCUGUGUGGACCACUUAGCUGAUGGGCUUACGCUGCACUCUAGUGCCACCUGUUGGUUCAUGUGAGAAACACACCUUGUUUUGGCAUGGAAAGCAACUGUGAAAGUCCAGAAACUUUGACCAGCUUUGUGGAAUGACAAACAUUAGACGUGUACCUGAAGAUCAGCUGACAGGUCCUCCAGGAGCUGAGAGCUGCAGUUCUUCACUGGAACCUGAUCCUGAUUGGAGCAUGGCAACACUGCCAGAAAUGGCAUGUUAUCAUCCAUGAACUUACGGCGUAAAUCACAUACAUACAUCUUCUACCUGCUAGCAAGCAAAGCCAAGCCGCUGUUGUCUUUAGCGCCGCCAUGCUGGUUGGUGUCCACCACAACUAAACGGACAAAACAGUGCAGGGACCUUUUAUUUACUCAGCCUUUUGGGGGCAAAGUUUACGGAGUUGGCCAAUCCUGAACUGCCCGAGAUGCGCAACAUUUUAUAAACAUUAACGUCAUAACGAUGAACAGUGGUACCUCGGUUUUGUUUUUUUUAUUUCAAAAGGUCCGAUGAAAACUGAAACAAACUCCAGUCAAAUUUUCCCAUCGGAAAUAAUUUCAAUCCAAUCUUUACCAGACAACCAAAAAUCCUCCAUCGUUUGUGAUCUCUGUUUUGGAAAAAAUGUUUACCCCUUUCAAAACGUUAGCUUCCUUGGUUUGUUCUUUCUUUACUGGGAUGGAACUUAUUGGUGAUGAGGUGUCAGGUUAUAGCAUUAAUUGCAAUUAAUUAAUUACAGUCAUAUUAGUGUUCUUUUAUUGCGUUAAUUCAAUUUUUAAUCUCUAACGUUACCGUUUCUGUAUGCCCGUUGCCUUUUUGCAAAAAUAAUUUUUUAUGUGUUGGGCUUCUUCUUGAGUUGUUGGGGGUGAAAUACAAUGAUCAAUCACACCCUGAAGUAGACAUUGAUUCAUUAUGUUUGGGCUUUUUUAGCAUAAGCUCAUUGUAGUUUGGAGGGCAAGGUGAGGAGCUGUGAGUUGCAGAGAGGAGCCAUGAAAAUAGAGCAGCAUCUGGGAGUUGUCGGUCUGUCCAUCCAUCUGUCCAUCUUCAGGUCACGGGGGCAGCACGGGGGAAGCCCAGACCUUCCUCUCCCUGGUUACUUUGUCCAGCUCCUCUCUCUCCUGGUGGAUCCCACGGUGUUCCCAGGCCAGCUUAAAGACAUAGUCUGUUCAACGGGUCCUGGGUCUUCCCUGGACUCGGGCCUCUACCACGUCUCUACCAGUCAGACAUGCCGUGCACACCUCCCCGGGGAGGCGUCCGGGAGGCAUCCUGACCAGAUGCCCGAGCCACCUCAUCUGUCGGUCCAAUGAAUGGGAAAUUUACACUUCAAAAACUCCCCGAUGGCAGCAUUGAUAAAUGUAGAGUGGUGUGCCUUCUUUGUAAGAAGAAUUUUGAUGACCACCAAAGCAGCUCAGGUUUAGCCUACCAUAUCAACGCAAAGCACCUAGUCACGAGUGCAGCCACAGCUAACGAUAGCAUCUAAGUCACUGGCAAUUUAGCGAGCCACCAUUCUUUUGAUCUACAAUAAUGUAUUGCGUUUGAAUGAAAAUACUUCAAAAGUACUUUUCUCAGCAUUUUUAGGUUUUUAGAUUUAAAAAGAGAUAAAUUAGAUCAAAUAAUUGGAGAUCACAAUGAAUUUAUAAGAAUAUUUUUUUAAUCUCUUGACAGCACUAAUCUUUGUUGCCGAAAGAAUGUGCCAUACAGGAUACCGUAGUAUUGGGUCAGUUAAGUAGCUCAGAUUUGGUUUUGGCUUUGUGAUGCAAGAUUGUCCACAUCUUUUUUAAUACCACAAGAUUCAACAUACCGAAGGGUAAAAUACAACAGUUUCUUACACGCAAUUUUCCCGAUUGCUGGAAAUCUAAUAAAGCACAAGUUCACAGACCUUGGCAGUAUUUUAUCCUCACUCUGCAAACUUGAUGAAUUUCAUAACCGAGUCCAUCGUGCCUCUAUUUCCUUUGGUAAACUUCUUCGUAGAGUGUUUUGUAAUCGUGGUCUGACCACUGCCACAAAAGUUGCUGUAUGUAUGUCCACGCUGUUGUAUGGAUGCGAAACACGGACAGCAUACAGAUCUCAGCCUUGAAGCCUUCCACAUCCGCUGCAGUGCUUCCUGGGUCUAACAUGGGAAGACAGAGUACUUCAUACCGAGAUACUGCGCUCCGCCGGUUGGAUUAGCAUGGAAACUCUAACCUUCAAGCGUCUCCUCCGGUGGGUUGGCCAUGUCAUCCACAUGCCAGAGAACCGCUGGCCACAGAAAUUCCUUUAUGGUGAACUUUGCGGAGGUUGGAGAAGUCAAGGGAGAAAAUCACAACAACAUAAAGACUACUUCCACUCCAUCUUGAAGCAAUGCAACAUUCCAACAGCCAACCUAAAAUCUCUUGCAGUUGACAGAACGUAUUGGUGGGACAGCUGCGCUCGCAGCGUAGAUGCCUUCAAAACAAGCUAAAUCCAAUUGAAAGAGGCUCUCUGCCAACGUCAUCGCAGACAAUACCAACAACAAAAUUGGAGAUUGGAGUUUGUUGUUCUGUCUGUGGAAAGAUCUGUGCCUCAGCGUUUGGGCUCCGGAGCCAUAUGAGAUCCCACGCCUGUAGGAACAACUCUUACGUCGGGUGUCAUCAUCAAUAAUGACGGACCACCGAAGAGAGACAUACAAUAUUGUACAAUUACCGAGAGAGUGUACGCAAACCAAGGCAAAAUUUUGUUGAAAAUUUUAGUCGAAACCAUAAUUGUAUGAAAACUGGGGUGUUGAAAAGGUUUUACUGUGAGCCUCCACUGUCAAGAUUCCUCAAAAGAAAAAGUGACAUUUUUUAGCGAUGUGCAUCCUGUGUCAUGCUGACGGGGGCGAACGACGCUCAGCCAUAUGUUAGCAUGAAAGCAGACAGCUCUGCAGUGACACAGCAGAGCAGUGACAUCAUGUCAGCCAGCAAGGAAGUAAAUAAUAGUGUGGGGAUGUUAUCCAUUAUGGAUGUGUGACAAUCAGGAUCCGCAUGAAUAAUUGAAGCUUUUAGGAGAGAUGAUUGAGUUCAUUAACACGCACAAUUGUCUCUUUGUCUUUGUUUUGAGCAGCAACUCUUGGCCCGAGAGACUUGUCUUCCUUUUCUCUGUACUGUCAUUGAACUCUUUGCUUUAGUCCCAGUAAAGCUAAGGUCUAUGAUACGUAUCGCUUGUCGCUUGUGUUGUAUGAGGCGUUCAUGCUGUGCCUGUGACAAAAGUUCCAGGAAACCAUAGUACCCAAACGGAAAGAUGCCCAAAUGAAGAUACAAACCCUGAUCUCCUGACUGUGUGGCCAACAUGCUAACCACUAUGACAAAAGUUGAUUUAUUAUAUUUUUGUGGACUUUUUCAAUCUCUCAUAACACAGUCACAGGCUCAAGUGCAUGCUGAAGUAACAGGUGGCACUCUAAACUCCCCCCCAAUUGUAAGGUAAAUUUUCAUUUUAGCCAAACAGAAACCUGACAAAGUCUCAAUUAUGCAUUUGGACUGAUAAUAAAAAGGGACUUGACACUUAUUAAUAAUAAAGAAUAUUUACUGAUGAAGUCUCACUAGAAACAGUUUUUGUGGUGCACAUUGAUUGUGUAAUUUGCUUAUUUUCAGUUUCAUUUGAAGCUGCAUGGUUGUCAUAGUGAUCUCAACAAAUUUACAUGUACAAUAGUACCUUCCAUGAACGUUCAAAAACCGUGGUAAUUUUUUCCAUAAAUAAUGUAAAUCCAAUGAAUCCAUUCCAAACACCCACAAAUAUUAACAUUUUUAACAAAAAUACAUUUUACAGAGUAUAAUUAGAGUUGUAUAGGCAGAAAACAAUGUAAAAUAAUUACAAAUGAGGAAUGGAUGGAAGUUACUGGUGAUGUGGACUUCCCGCACAUCCUAGCAAGAUUGAAUUCAGUAGUGUUUCUCGCUUUCUUUAUCAAAGUCCUGGCACUCACAGCUUUCUUAGUAGUCACAUGAAAUACAAAAUGCACAGACGGUGAGUCAGCAACGUGCUUUGUUUGGGCGCUCCUUUUGUGGAAUGAUACAGUACAAGGCAAACAGAUUAGUUUGUCCAUCCAUCUUCUUCGCUUAUCUGAGGUCAGGUCACGCUAAGCAGGGAAGCUUCCUCUCCUCGGCUACUUGGUCCAGCUUCUCCCGGCAGAUCCUGAGGCGUUCCCAGGCCAGUUGAGAGCCGUAGUCUCUCCAAUGUGUACUGAGUCUUCCCCGAGGCCUCCUACUGGUAAGGCAUGCCUCGAGCACCUCCCCAGGGAGACAUCUGGGCGGCAUCCUGACCAGAUGGCCAAGCCACCUCAUUUGGUUCCUCUCAGCACGGAGGAGUAGUGCUUCUACUUUGAGUUUCUCCCUGAUGACAGUGUUUCUCACCUUAUCUCAAAGGGAGACCCAAGUCACCCUACUUGAGAAAACUAAUUUCGGCCGCUUGUACCCACCAUCUUGUCCUUUCGGUCACUACGCUCACAAAACACAAAGCUCACGACCAUAGGUGAGGGUAGGAAUGUAGAUCAAGCAGUAAAUUAAGAACUUUGCCUUUUGGCUCAGCUCCUUCUUCACCACAAUGGACCGAUGUAGAGUCCGCAUCACUGCAGACGCCACACCAGUUUAUUUCAACCAACCAAAUAAAACAAACAUUUACAAAAUACAAAAUAAUGCAACACUAGUUGAAAAUAAGAGGGCAGAAGCAAGGCCUAUAAAAAUGCUCUCCCAUGAACAAUAAAAGAAAAAUCCGUUCCGAGAACGUUUAUGUUAUAGGGUUUUUAUGUUAUACGAAGCGUAAAAUACAUGUAAAUAGUCUAAUCCGUUCCAAGAUCUUCCCAAACUCACCCUUUGGCCCUUCAAAAUAUGCAAAGUCCACCAAAUAUGGUGGGAAAAUGUAAGAAAACGUUAGCAUAAACAUAGUAGAGUAACAUUCCAAUAUAAAAUAAGGGAAUAAAUAAGAUUACUGUAAAUGAAUAAAACUGAAAGGCGUCACCAAGUGGACAGUACUCUGUUAGUCUGAACUUGCACCCACUUUAAAAAAAAAACAAAAACUUGCACCGACUUUAAAUUUGCCAAAGUGAAACCCCUUUUUUUUCAUGAAAGAACUGAAGCUGUACUUCAAAUCAAUAUCCUCUCUUAAUAACAAGAAAGCUAUCAAGACUAUAAAUCUGUGCUCCCAUUUCAAUAUCCUUAAUUCAAUUUCAUUUUCAUUGCUCAUGUCCCCUGGUGUAAUUUACUUUAAUUAUUAUUAUUAUUAUUAUUAUUAUUAUUAUCUUUAUUUUUUAUUUAAUUAUUUAUCACUUUUCUGUUAUGUUUUUAUUUCUUUAAUCUCGAUUCCUGUGUGAUUUAUUUUAUGUGUUUUUGUUAUCCAACUGUUAUUUUUCAAUGCCCAUGGUUUGAUGCACUGUUAGUGUAAUUUCUAAGGCAUUAAUGAAGUUGCUUUACGUUAUAUGGAAUUUCUUACGUAAUAUGAUGCAAAAACUUUACAUAAAUUCUUUAUGCUCAGUGGAAUUUACGUAAAAGGAGGUUUACGUUAUGCGAGGUACUACUGUAUAUACUGUAUAUAUAUCAUCAUAUAUGUCAUGUUUCACCUCGGGCUACUGCUUGUUGCCGUCUGUCCUGCCCUGCCUUCUCCUGGUUGUACUCUUGGUUUUUCACUUUUACUCUUUCUCUGGCUGGAGGCGGGACACACCUGCACCUGAUUGGUUUCCACCACAUUUAAGCAGAUGGACUGAUAUUUGUGCCUUUAUAGACCCUGGAGCGGACGAUUGUUUUAAACGACUAGUUAUCCCCAUAGUUAAAUUACCACCUUGGAGGUGGUUCGCUCCCUUGACGGUUGUCGCCUGGCUAGCGUAACUCAUCAGACUCACUCCCUCUCCCUCCGCUUGCCCGGCAAUCCAUGCAAUUUUUUGGUAUUCCCUCACGCUCCGCUCCCAUCGUGUUAGGGCUUACCUGGCUUCUCAAGCAUGACCCCCAUAUUGAUUGGGUCAAGUCUUCUAUUAUUAACUGGAGUGUUUUUUGCCACAUGCACAAAGGUCGGCGUGUCCCCGGCCCUCCCUCGCUCGCUUCGCCACUCCCGAAAAAAUAGACUUCUCUCUGGUUCCGCCGGUCUACCAUGAGUUCCGGGAGGUUUUUAGUAAGGAUAGAGCUCGCUCACUUCCUCCACACCACCCUUAUAACUGUUACAUCAACCUCCUGCACUACCAUCCUCACGCCUGUGUAAUGUCUCGACCAGAGAGAGAGGCGCUGGAGGAGUACAUUUCCUCCUCCCUUACGUCGGGCCUUAUUCACCCCUCCUCGUCUCCAUUAGCAGCAGGUUUUUUCUUUGUAGAGAAAAAAGACAAAUCACUGUGCCCCAGCAUUGACUAUCGUGCCUUUAAUGACAUUACCAUUAAAAACAAGUACCCUCUGCCAUUGUUAGACUCUGCUUUCAACUCACUCCACUCUGCCAAAUUUUUUUCCAAACUUGACCUUCGCAAUGCUUACCAUCUUGUCCGGAUUUGCGAGGGGGAUGAAUGGAAGACCGCUUUCAACACCCGAUUCCCCGGCUUUUUUCCAAAGUUUUAUUAACAACGUCCUUUGUGAUAUGCUCAGUCGUUUUGUGCUUGUCUAUCUCGACGAUAUAUUAAUCUUUUCCCUCACGCUUGAGGAACAUGGCCAGCAAGUCUGUUUGGUGCUCCAGAGGCUUCUAGAGGACAGGCUUUUUGUCAAGGCGGCAAAAUUAGUUUUUCACACCACUUCUGUUCACUUCCUGGGGUUCAUCGUGGAAGAGGGGCAACUUAGAGCCGAUCCUGCCAAGAUUCAGGCUGUGGUUGAGUGGCCCGUUCCUACAUCAAGGAAGCCUCUUCAGAGGUUCCUAGGCUUUGCUAAUUUCUACCGACCCUUUUAUCCGGAACUUUAGUCGGGUUGCGGAACCACUGACAAGGCUCACAUCCAUUAAAGUGCUGUUUACAUGGACACCAGAUGCUGACGCUGCCUUCACUAAACUAAAGUCUUUGUUUACUAGUGUCCGUGUUCUCAUACACCCUGACCCAUCUUCUCAAUUUUUUGUUGAGGUGGAUGCUUCUGAUACCGGUGUGGGGGCCGUCCUUUCUCAACCUUCCACCUCUGACCGGAAGCUGCACCCCUGUGCCUUCUUUUCCCGCCGCCUGACUUCUGCUGAGCGCAAUUAUGAUAUUGGCAGUAGGAAAUUAUUGGCCGUUUUCCUGAAGCUGCAGGAAUGGAGGCACUGGCUGGAGGGCUCAGAACUCCCCUUCAUUGUACUCACUGACCACAAAAACCUGGCCUGCCAUCGCACCGCCCACAGACUCAACCCAAGAAAGGCACGGGGGGCACUCUUCCUCACCAAGUUUAAUUUCUCCUUGACCUUUCAUCCGGGCUCGCAGAAUGGCAAACCGGACUGCCUCUCCAGGCUAUUCUCUCCACCUACGGAAGACACCCACCACGAGACCAUCAUUCCCCAAACUCGGAUCCUACGAGCACUCUAGUGGGAUGUUGAGAGGCAGGUGGUGGAUGCUAUCAAGAACAAACCCCCACCGGCAGGCUGUCCAGCAGGCCAGGGGUGAAGGGGUACUGUCAUGUUUCACCUCAUGCUCCUGCUUGUUGCCCUCUGUCCUGCCCUGCCUUCUCCUGGCUGUACUCUUGGUAUUUCAGCAGCUCUUUCUCUGGCUGGAGGCGGGACGUCUGGGCGCACCUGCACCUGAUUGGGUUCCACCACAUUUAAGCAGAUGGACUGCACUUGGGAGAUGCUGGAUAUUUCUUUGACUGACUGCCACUGUCACUUAUGGACUCUUACUCUAUGAAACCUUGGACAUUAACCAUUGCGGUCUUGCUUAAAGUGCUUUCACAAGUUCUUUUCUUUUGAGGAAUCAGUCUGCUCAGCGUCUCCCAGGAGGUACGCCCGGUAGUUCCCUGUGCUCCAGCUUGGCUAUCCUUAAGUUACUUUUGGCCUUCUUUCAUGGUGCCAUUUAGUUGCCGUUUUUUUUUCAUCAUCACCCUUUGUUGCAUUUUUGGCCUCUGUCGAACAUUAUUAAAAGCAUCUUACCUGCUCACCUGCCUCCUGCCUCUGCAUCUGGGGUCCAGCACUUGUCAGAACACAACAAUAUACACUGAAACACAAUACCAAAUACUUGAUAUAGAAAUAAUUGAAUACAAAAAUGACACAAGAUUCAAAAUACUUCAAUUCACUAACACAAGAAAAAAUAAUUCUAUAAACAAAGACAAAAAAAAUUAAAAUUUCACUAUGCACAUUAAAAUAUUUUAAUUUAAAAAUCAACAUGGCAGUUAUACCAACUAUGUUUGAUUUCAUUAAAUAACAUUAUUUGAUGCAAGAUGUCCCUUACAUUACAUUACAAUUUCAUAACACUUAUACAGUACAUGCAAUUUCUCAAUGACGGUGCAUGAUUAAGUGGUAGACAGUUAAGACUUAUAUUUAUCCAGUAGGAACGUUUUAAUUUUGGAUUUGAAAAGUAGUUGUGACUUAAAAUCGUUAAGUUCCAAUAUUAAUUUAUUCCAUAAUUGUAUUCCUUUUAUUGAAAUACUCUGUAAUUUUACUGUUGUUCUGAUAUGCAUUUGAUAGAAUUGGUUUACUUGCCUAACUGAAUAUUGACAUUGUUUCAUGUGGAAAAUGUUGCAAAAUAUUCCUUGGCAUUUGAUUAUUAAAAAUGUUGUAUAUUACCAAAGUUGGUGUCAGUUCAACAAUAUCUAAGAAUAUCAAAAGUGUCAAGUUAUUGAAUAAAGGGGUUGUGUCAUCAUAUUUACUUGCAUACGAGAGUAUUCUGAUUACUUUUUUUGACUUGUAAUUAUUUUACGUAAGUUAGUCUGAUAUGUGUUGCCCCAUAUUUCUGAACAAUAAUUUAGAUAUGGCAGAAAUAAGCUCCAAAUUUUUUGAGUAUUUUGGUUAAGUCGGUUCCUCAUGCAACGCAUUAUGCCUAAAGUACAAUAUGUUGUUUCCAACUGAGAUUAUCAUCAAUAAGUAUCCCUAAAAUUUUACUCACACCUACUUUUUAUGUGUAUACCAGUGUUCAAUUGCUUAUCAUUAAAUAUAAUAUAAUUGGUUUGGGCUAUAUUAAGCUAAAGCUUAUUUGCAGCAAACCAGUCACAAAAGUUUUUUCAAACUCAGCAUUCACUGUUUCAAUUAAUUGAUUAUAAUCUGGAUUGACAAAGAAUAGUUGUAUCAUGAGCAAAAAGUAUAAAUUUCAACGUUUCUGACGUAUUUACAAUAUCAUUGAUAUAAAUAAGGAAUAACUUGGAGCCUAGUAAUGAUCCUUGAGGUACACCACAUUCUAUUGGUAAUUCAUGAGAUUUAAUAUUUGUUUCUACAUAUUGAGUUCUGUUACUUAAAUAACUCCUGACCCAAUCAUUAGCUAUUCUUCUUAUUCCAUAAUGUUCCAAUUUUUUUGUGCAAAAUAUUAUGAUUUACAGUGGCAAAUGACUUUUUAAGAGCAAUAAAUAUUCCUACUGUUAUCAUUCGUUUCUCAAUAUUGUUUAUAAUUUCCUCAGUUAAGUGAAAAACUGCUGUUGAAGUUGACUGAUUUUUCUAGAAACCAUACUGACUCAAAUAUAUAAAAUCGAAUUUUGUCCAACAUGAAUCAAGGUGUGCCAAGUAGUUUGAAAAACUGGGGUAGUAAUGAAAUGGGUCUGUAAUUAUUAUAACUCUGCAGUCUUAAAAAUAGGGCCUACUUUUGUUAUUUUUAGAUCAUCUGGGAAUAUACCCUGUUGUAGUGACUAUUUAUUUUGUAAAAUACAUAUGAUGUCAGUCAAUUCUUUUUCUUUUACGGGUGCUAAAAACAUACUGUGUGUAUUGCUGUUUUUCGAGAAGGCAUCUGUUGUAAUCGUAUUUGCUGGUUUGAUCUUAUUUGCAAGAUUAGGGCCUACUUUUGUAAACAAAACAAAAAACAAAAAAAUCGUUGAACCCGUUUGCAACAGCUUUCAGAGUAUUUUGUUCCAUUAGAUAAAUUUAGAUACUCAUUUCCAUUUUUACACGGAUUCUUAAUUUAUUUAUGAUAUUCCAGGUUACUUUGAUAUCACCUUUUGCAUUUUC